AUGGAAGCUACAAGCUCUUCCAACCAUAAUCAGCCACCGGCUACACCUUCUCACUCAUCAUUAUUACCUUCCUUAUCACCUUCUGGUGCCCUCGAGCAGACGCCCGCACCGUUACAUACUUUGCCUGCCCACUUGCACUCUCAACAGCCACCACCACCCCAACCGCGACUUGGCCCUGCCCAGCAACAACAGCAGGGCAUGCAACCACCUCCUCCAACGACGUCCUCCUCCUCAAACGGUCAGAACCAACAUCUUACACCUGCUCAACAGCUACAACAACAGCAUCAAAAUGUUUUCGGAAAUGUGAUGGGCCAAGGACCGAAUAACUCGCCUCAACCUGGUGGAACGGCUCAGGCAAAAGUCUACGCUAGUGUAUAUUCAGGUAUACCCGUCUUCGAAGCGAUGAUUCGAGGUAUUUCCGUCAUGAGACGAACAUCCGAUUCAUGGGUGAAUGCAACCCAAAUACUCAAGGUAGCAGGUAUACAUAAAUCUGCUCGAACGAAAAUUCUUGAAAAAGAGAUACAUCCUGGAGUGCACGAAAAAGUUCAAGGUGGAUACGGUAAAUAUCAAGGAACCUGGAUACCUUUUGAACGAGGACAAGAGCUUGCAGCUCAGUACGGUGUGUCAUCAUACCUCGCACCCGUAUUCGAUUUCGUUCCCUCACCAACCGCCAUCGCUGCUUUACCGGUCAUCCGUACUGGUACACCCGAUCGAGCCGGUCAAAAGACUCCUUCGUCAAGUAUGGCAGGCUAUACACCUUCUUUGAUGUCUGGUAAUCGAGGUGGAUCUUCGGCAAACGGCCGUGUCAUCUCACCUUUUCCUCAUGGUCACGGACAUCCCCACGCGCAAGCUGGUCAAUUACCCCCUCCGCCACCACCUCAAUUCACACCUUCGAAUGGUGAUCAGAGUCAGAUGAUGGGCAUGCCGAUGGGUUAUCCCGGUCAACAGCCACAGCAAAUGAUGUACUACCCUGCUCCUCAGCAGCAUAUGUACCCCGGCCAAGGCGAUAACAAACGUGGUAUUGCUAUGGCCAUGACACCGAGUCUCAGUGGUGAUGGUCAUCAUAAUCCUUCGCUCGGUCCUGCAGCCGAUAUCAACAACUUGGGAUUACCGCCCAGUGGUGCAGAGAUGUACAUCGAUCAAUAUGGCCAGCCUCAUCCUACACCAUCUUAUCAGCCUAUCAACUACACCACCGAUACCGAUAUGGGACCUCCACCUGCCAAGAGGCAAAAAUCGGAAGAUGGGGCGUACCUCAAUGGUAACAUGGAGGAGCAACAGCAUGAGCCGCCACAACAAGAAGAUGAAGGUGAAGAUGUCGAUGAUGGAGCUUCAGAUUCUUCGGAUGAUCUCAGGGAUCCGCAAUCUCUGCCUUCAUCCAUGAGAUUAUCGAAUAAACCGGUUAGACCACGACCUAAUUCCAACACAUCCAAAACUCGCUCAAGACUAUUGUCUCUAUUCUCUACAUCCGCUAAUGAUGAGGGCGAAGACGAUGUGAAUGUUCGACAAGUAUUCGGUUUAGGUCCAGAUGAAUUACCUGAUACGUUUGAUAUCGAUAUGGUCAUUGACAACCAGGGUCACACGGCUCUGCAUUGGGCGUGUGCUCUAUCGAAAUUAUCAAUAAUCAAACAACUCAUCGAACUCGGAUCUGAUAUCCACCGAGGCAAUUUUGCUGGUGAAACCCCCUUGAUUCGAUCGGUAUUGACUACGAACCAAUUUGAAUCUGGUCAGUUUUAUCAACUGUUGGAACUCCUUUCACCCUCCAUCAAGACUCUCGAUCACUCGUAUAGAUCGGUCGUGCAUCAUAUCAGUAUGGUGGCUGGUGUCAAAGGACGAGCAGCCUCGGCACGAUCGUACAUGGCCAAUGUGCUCGAAUGGGUAGCCAGAGAACAGCAACAACAACAAAUCACUCAUUCGAUGAAUGGUGAUCACCUCAAUGGAUCUUCUGGAAGUGAUACGAUAAGUCUGAAAACCCUUAUUGAUAUACAGGAUGUCCACGGUGAUACGGCUAUAAACAUCGCUGCGAGAGUGGGCAAUAAAGGUUUGGUGAACGUGUUAUUGGACGCCGGUGCGGAUAAAGGUAAAGCAAAUAAGUUGGGAUUGAAACCUUCGGACUUCGGAUUGGAUAUUGAGUCACUCAAGGUAUCACCCGCGGAAGCUAUCGUGUCGAGCUUGAAAUCGGAGGUGCCUAAACCCGAAAGGAAGAGUAGGGAUGUUCAAAAGAAUAUCGCAGCGAUUUUCGAGACUAUUUCAUCUACAUUCUCAACCGAGAUGGUCGAUAAGCAAACCAAACUUAACGCUACUGAACAAUCAGUCAGAGUAGCCACUAAAGCUCUGGCAGAUAAGAGACAACAAUUACAUCGAGCUCAAGUCAAAGUUGGUGAACUGGAAUUGUUGAAUCAGAGGAUCGAAUCUUUGAAGCAGAUCUUGGAAGAGGACUCCGUUUCGACGUCGGAAGAUUGGACAGGUAGGAAGUUGUUGACGGGGGAGAACGAACUACCUUUGGCUUUCCGACCAAUACAAUCAACGGACCAGCAACAGAUAGAAGAUCAAGUUAAGAAUGAAAAUAUAGAAGAUGACCAAGAUGAUGAUGAGAUUAAAUUACCCGAGAGAAUCCAAUUUGACUCUACUGGCGGUACCAACACGAAUACCGACUCGUUGAUUAGAUUGAGAAGAAUCAAUUUAUGGCAAGAUCGAAUUUUGUCCAUGAUGAAUGAUAAGAUACAAAAUCUCGAAAAUCAAAAUUUCGAAAAGAAUUUUAGGUAUAGGAAGUUGAUUAGUCUCAGUACCAAAGUGCCUGUUGAUAAAGUUGAUGGGAUGCUUGAUGGUUUGGUGACUGCUAUCGAAUCGGAUGGACAGAGUAUAGAUCUGAGUAAGAUUUCGGAAUUCAUGAGUCGGAUGAAAGAUACUCAAAAUCAGACUCCGACUCAAGCUUGA